AUGCCUUCCAAGCCUUCCAGCAAGAACGCCCUCCCCGAGCCUCAAGGCCUCAAAUACGACGAGUCCGAUAUGGCACUCUUCCGCGCAAAGCUUUCGUAUCACUCUACAAUCGACAGCCGGCUCGCCUCAAACGAUACCAACCUUGCGUCCAUCUCUGAGCAUCAAGCCCGAAUUAUCAAGCGAUGGGAGAUGUUGAAGCAGGUGGAGAAGGAUAUGACGGACAAGGGCAAGGUCCUGUCUCCAGGGGAGAAGAAGCAGCUGGCUCAGUAUGAGUGGCGGUACAAGAUGUUGGAGGAACUCGCAACGAAGAGCAGCAGGUAA